UCCUCCAUUUAUAAAUCCUUUCCUUCACCACAACCACACACCAAGCCAACCUACCCACUUGCUGCUCCCGUUGACGCACCACCGCCCUUCCUCUUUCUCUCCCUAUCAAACUUACCCGGAGAGAUGCAAGGCGUCCACGGCUACCGUCUCGGCCGAUCCGACGGUGGAGUCCGCCUCGAAUUGACCCCCACCACCUCUUCUCCUCUCGCGAUCGAUAUAUCCGAAUCCACCGAAAUGAGGAUCCAACGCCUCAUAACAGAGAAUCCAGUCAUCAUAUUCAGCCGCUCAGCCUGCUGCAUGUGCCACGUCAUGAAACGCCUCUUCUCUUCUCUCGGUGUAUACCCUACAGUCAUCGAAUUGGAGGAGGAUGAGAUCGACGCACUCUCCGCUUCACAGCAGGAUGGCGGAGGUGGUGGUGAGACCGUAGCUCCGGCGGUGUUCAUCGGUGGGACGCGUGUUGGAGGAUUAGAAAGUCUUGUCGGACUCCACUUGAGCGGUCAUCUUGUUCCGAAGCUCGAAGAAGUUGGUGCUCUGGCGUUGUAGCUAGGCGUAGCAACCCCAAACAAAACAAAAGGGGGUAUUAUGGUAAUUUUAUAAAUAUAUUUUGUGUUGUUUUAAUUUCUAUGCAAUUCUUUUUUAUUUUUAAUUUUUAUGGACAUGCUAGCUACAUGCACCAUAUUUAUUUCCUAAUUGUAAAAAUGUAAGAUUAAGUUGGAUUAUCAAUGGCACAAUUAUGUAAGCAGAAAGUACAAGUUUGAAACCUUACUUGUUUUGAACCGUUGGUUCUUCUUUUUGUCUUCAA